AUGACCAGCCUAAGCUUCGGGGCUGUAGAGGAGUGGCUGGACCAACACCCAGAGCUCGCAGCAGACUACUUCGUGAGGAAGGCGGAGCUGAGCGCCGUCAACAAAUGGCUGGUUGCCCACGGGUUUCUGACGGUGACCCAGGGCUCCUCCAGCAGGCGAGGCUCCUCCAGCCUCGUGGGCAGCCCCUGUGCCAGUCCAUCCUCACCCAUAGACAGCUGCUCCGAUCCCAGCGGCCUGGUCACAGCUGCUCUCCGGUCCCAGCUGGCCUGGUCACAGCUGCUCCGGUCCCAGCUGGCCUGGUCACAGCUGCUCCGGUCCCAGCUGGCCUGGUCACAGCUGCUCCGGUCCCAGCUGGCCUGGUCACAGCUGCUCCGGUCCCAGCUGGCCUGGUCCCAGCUGCUCCGGUCCCAGCUGGCCUGGUCACAGCUGCUUCCGGUCCCAGCUGGCCUGGUCACAGCUGCUCCGGUCCCAGCUGGCCUGGUCACAGCUGCUCCGGUCCCAGCUGGCCUGGUCACAGCUGCUCCGGUCCCAGCUGGCCUGGUCACAGCUGCUCUCCGGUCCCAGCUGGCCUGGUCACAGCUGCUCCGGUCCCAGCUGGCCUGGUCCAGCUGCUCCGGUCCCAGCUGGCCUGGUCACAGCUGCUGCUCCGUCCCGAGCUGGCCUGGUCACAGCUGCUCCGGUCCCAGCUGGCCUGUCCCAGCUGCUCCGGUCCCAGCUGGCCUGGUCCCAGCUGCUCCGUCCCAGCUGGCCUGGUCACAGCUGCUCCGGUCCCAGCUGGCCUGGUCACAGCUGCUCCGGUCCCAGCUGGCCUGGUCACAGCUGCUUUCCGGUCCCAGCUGGCCUGGUCACAGCUGCUCCGUCCCAGCUGGCCCUGUCACAGCUGCUCCGGUCCCAGCUGGCCUGGUCACAAGCUGCCUCCGGUCCCAGCUGGCCUGGUCACAGCUGCUUCCGGUCCCAGCUGGCCUGGUCACAGCUGCUCCGGUCCCAGCUGGCCUGGUCACAGCUGCUCCGGUCCCAGCUGGCCUGGUCACAGCUGCUCCGGUCCCAGCUGGCCUGAUCACAGCUGCUCCGGUCCCAGCUGGCCUGGUCACAGCUGCUCCGGUCCCACUGGCCUGGUCACAGCUGCUCCGGUCCCAGCUGGCCUGGUCACAGCUGCUUUCCGGUCCCAGCUGGCCUGGUCACAGCUGCUCCGGUCCCAGCUGGCCUGGUCACAGCUGCUCUGGUCCCAGCGGCCUGGCACAGCUGCUCCGGUCCCAGCUGGCCUGGUCCCAGCUGCCCGGUCCCAGCUGGCCUGGUCCCAGCUGCUCCGGUCCCAGCUGGCCUGGUCACAGCUGCUCCGGUCCCAGCUGGCCUGGUCACAGCUGCUCCGGUCCCAGCUGGCCUGGUCACAGCUGCUCCGUCCCAGCUGGCCUGGUCACAGCUGCUCCGGUCCCAGCUGGCCUGGUCCCAGCUGCUCCGGUCCCAGCUGGCCUGGUCACAGCUCUCUCCGGUCCCCAGCUGGCCUGGUCACAGCUGCUCCGGUCCCAGCUGGCCUGGUCACAGCUGCUCCGGUCCCACGGCCUGGUCCCAGCUGCUCCGGUCCCAGCUGGCCUGGUCACAGCUGCUCCGGUCCCAGCUGGCCUGGUCACAGCUGCUCCGGUCCCAGCUGGCCUGGUCACAGCUGCUCCGGUCCCAGCUGGCCUGGUCACAGCUGCUUCCGGUCCCAGCUGGCCUGGUCACAGCUGCUCCGGUCCCAGCUGGCCUGGUCACAGCUGCUCCGGUCCCAGCUGGCCUGGUCCACAGCUGCUCCGGUCCCAGCUGGCCUGGUCACAGCUGCUCCGGUCCCAGCUGGGCUGGUCACAGCUGCUCAGGUCCCAGCUGGCCUGGUCACAGCUGCUCCGGUCCCAGCUGGCCUGGUCACAGCUGCUCCGGUCCCAGCUGGCCUGGUCACAGCUGCUCCGGUCCCAGCUGGCCUGGUCACAGCUGCUCCGGUCCCAGCUGGCCUGGUCACAGCUGCUCCGGUCCCAGCGGCCUGGUGACCACACCGGUGUGGUCACCGCUGUGGUCACCGGUGUGGUUACCGGUGUGGUCACCGGUGUGGUCACCGGUGUGGUCACCGCUGUGGUCACCGGUGUGGUCACCGGUGUGGUCACCGGUGUGGUCACCGGUGUGGUCACGCUGGCGGACUCUAUCUUCAGCGAUGAGGACUCCAGGUCCAGGAGGUCCAACUCCAAGAAGUAUCUGCGCCACAACUUUGCCAAGUGCAAGAGCAAGUCGGUCUUCCGGACGUACGAGCCAUCGGCGGCGUCUGCGGCUGCAGAAGCCAGGAGGAGCAGCUUCAGAGCGAUGAGGAAGUACAGUUCCCUGCCUCCCUCGUCUAGUUAUAUGCUGUGUCUCCUCAUCGAGUCCAAGGUUCGCCUCCCUCGCUUCGAGAGCAUCACCCUCGACCGCAAGAAGCAGCUGAGGUCGCAGGAUGAGAAGGAUUUCUUUCUCGAUAUCGUGAAGGACAUCGCCAACGACUUGGAUCUAAAGGGCCUCACACACAAGAUCAUCAUUAACCUCAGUCUGCUGCUGAGUGCUGACGGAGCGUCGCUCUUCAUCGUACAGAGCACCAGUGCUGGCAAGAAGGUCCUCGUGUCUAAGGUGUUUGACGUGCACAGUGGUACCAACAUCUACCCGGCCACCACUGAGGACAACGCUAUGGAGGUGCCCUGGGGCAAGGGUAUCCUUGGGCACGUAGCCGAGACUGGCGACACUGUCAACCUGGAGUGUGCCUCCCUUGACCCCCGUUACAACGACGAAGUAGAUCGGAUAACCGGAUACCACACGGACUCCUUGCUGUGCAUGCCGGUUAAGAACUCCUACGACGAGAUCAUCGCCGUGGCUCAGGUGGUCAACAAGAGUGCUGAUGAUGGCUCCUGUGGAUGCUUCACUGCUAAGGACGAGAAAAUGUUUGAGACGUACCUGCAGUUCGUGGGCAUCGCCAUCACCAACGCCCAGUUGAUGGAAGCCUCGCAGGCAGAAUAUGAGAGAAACAGAAGUCUGUUGGAGGUGGUGCACGACCUGUUCGAGGAACAGACCUCGCUGGAGAACGUGAUCCUCAAGACUCUGCAGAGAGCCCAGCGGCUCCUCAAGUGUGAGCGUGCCGCAGUCAUGCUAUUGGAAGACGGUUCAGAGAAGCAAAAUGUCAAGUUUUCCAAGAUAUUCGAGUUGAAUUGUCCAGUGUCCGGCCAGUCGACAAACAACGCCAAGGAGGUGGGUUCUAGUGAGCUGGCCAAGCACCUGCUUCACCUAGCACAGCAAGUAGCCUCCACGGGCGAGAACCUCAAUAUAGCUGACAGUCUGGAGGUGGAGAAGGGCAGCGCUGGUAACGUCCGCUCUAUGCUGGCCAUGCCCAUCAGGAACAGAAACUUCCAGAUUAUAGGUGUGGCCAAGAUCAUCAACAAACUCAAUGGGCAGCCCUUUGACGAGAAUGAUGAGCAGCUAUUUGAGGCCUUCACCAUCUUCUGUGGGCUGGGCAUCAACAACACACUCAUGUACAACGAACUGGAGAAAGCCAUGGCCAGGCAGAAGGUUGCCAUUGAGGUUCUCUCGUACCACGCCACGGCGUCAGUAGAGGACGUGCAGAAGAUGCAGCGGGAGGUGGUGCCAGAGGCCAACAAGUGGCACUUGGGUAGUCUGACCUUCGAUGAUUUCUCCCUCAGUCAAGACCAGAUGGUCUUGGCGGCCGUCAGGAUGUUCUCAGACCUCAGACUCACCUCCAGGUUCAAGAUCGAGUACAAGACGCUGCUACGCUGGCUCAUCACGGUCAAGAGAAAUUAUAGGAACGUACCUUACCACAACUGGCGCCACGCCUUCAAUGUUGCCCACAACAUGUUCGCCUUACUCAAGACAUGCGACAUGAUGGCAAUGUUUGAGGACCUGGAGUACCUGGCAAUGUUCGUGGGCUGUUUGUGUCACGACCUUGACCACCGCGGCACCAACAACUCCUUCCAGGAGAAGACGGGGUCAGCCCUAGCACUGCUGUAUGGCACGCAAAACACCAUGGAACAACACCACUUCAACCACGCCGUCAUGAUACUCAACUCUGAGGGACACAACAUCUUCAGCAACUUGUCCUCGUCACAGUACUCUAAAGUCAUGAAUGUUCUCAAACUCUCUAUCUUGGCUACCGACCUCUCCGUCUACUUCCAGUUGCGCUCGCAAUUCUUCCCGCUGGUAGCCGACGGGCAGUUUGACUCGGCCAUCAAGGAUCACCGGGACCUCCUCCGGUCACUUCUCAUGACUGCCUGUGAUGUUGCUGCCUCCACCAAGCCCUGGGACAUACAGUUCAAGGUGGCCAAGCUGGUGACUUCAGAGUUCUUCGACCAGGGUGACUUGGAGAAGAGCAAGCUGAAGAUCACUCCGGCAGCACUCAUGGACAGGGACCGCAAACACGAGCUGCCUCUACUGCAAAUGCGCUGGAUCAAGGAUAUUUGUCUCCCGCUUUUCGAGGGACUGACGAAGGUGAACCCGAAGAUAGCGCCCAUGAGGGAUGGAGCGCUGAAAAAUAUGACGAAGUGGUCGAAGCUUGCUGCGUCCCUGGAAAAUGGCGUCUCUGAUCUCCUCGACCCUCCUGAAAUACCUCCUCGGGUACCUGACGGAUAGUCCACGUUGAGCUGCUGGAAGAACCAAGUUUGUUGUCUAAUCUGAGCCUAGGAGGGUGACAACCACGACCGCUAUAUUGGCCAUGUUACUCUGUUUUUAUCAUUAGUGUGAGCUUCCGACAAUGUAUGUAGACUUACGAUGUGGAUUUUUUUCCUGCAAUAGUGUCCAGUAUUAUUAAUGUUUUAUGAUGUCGGACGUAUAGCACCAUGGUGUUAAAACCAGAUCAGCAGCUGGGAUUGGAAAGUAACUUACUGCACACCAUUUGGUGUUGUUAAGAUACGUCGAAGCGUACACUGCUGGACAACACGGUGAUGUGGCCUUACGUAUGUGUAGUUACUAUUCUGUGUACUGUAUGUGUAUAGAUUUCAUUGAUUGUAGUACACAGUGCCGCCUGGGAAGAGGGAUGCUCUUAUCUAGCUUAACUCCACUUCCCAGAAUGCAGAGAAAUACAAAUAUUAGCGAUCGUGACCCUUUAGUGGCCAUAAUGGACAACAUGCUUGGUUCUUCCACGACCUGUGACCCCAGGGGAAGGAGGAAAAGGAGAGGUCAUAAUCCUACUUUACCUGGCCCCAGGGGUUAGAGGUUGCAUGCAAAGCUCGCCAGUAUGAAAGUGUUUUUCAAAAGCACAACAUUCAAACUUGAAAUAAACCUCCCGAGUGUGACUGCUAUCAAUACUUACGACAAGUGAUCUUCAAACACUCGAACUUUUUUUAAGAUCCUGACGUCAACACGUUACGUCUCUAAGAUUACCCUCGCUGCAGUCUUACUCAGACUAUCAUUAUCAGCAUGAAGGAAGGAUAUUUAUCUCUUCUCUCAUUGCAACACACGAGCGACCUGUAUCAGAAACAGCGACAAUACUAGAGAAAAUAUAACUUUUAUUCUGGGUUUCUAUGCAUUUUUCCUCCCCCUUUCCCUCCCAUCUCCUUAUUACCUUCCUCUGUGUCGGACACUGAAUGCAGAAAGUUUUAAAUUUGCUACCCAAAAUCUAUAUUUCAGUUUAAAAAUUAUGGCUUAUAAGAAAGCUUGUAUAUAUUUAUUUAUUCAUCCACCAACGUGUUUGGAUAUUAAUUUGCUAUAUGCAUUUUCAUAGUCACAAGUUCUAAGUGAAUGAAAAGCUGAAUUUUUUAACUUGGAGAGACAAUGAGAGGGAAAAGGGAGGUAGAGAAACGAAACGGAAAUAAAAGUGUUGUCAAGAUGUUCAACACUAACUUAGUAAGAAUCAUUUGACUGGGAUGGAAGAAUGUUUUCUGUCCACUUGUAAAACUGAGGACAGUGUAGACUUCAGCCGAGAUCAACAUCAACUGAAGACAGUGUAGACUUCAGCCGAGAUCAACAUCAACUGAAGACAGUGUAGACUUCAGCCGAGGUCAACUUUAAUAUCAACUGAGGACAGUGUCAGCUUCAGCCGAGGUCAACAUCAACUGAGGACAGUGUCAACUUCAGCCGAGGUCAACAUCAACUGAGGACAGUGUCAACUUCAGCCGAGGUCAACAUCAACUGAGAACAGUGUCGACUUCAGCCGAAGGGAAUGUUGACGCCAUCCAAGACAAAGUUCGACGUAAGUUGAAAGGAAUUUUGACAUCAGGUGAAAAUUUAACCCACUAAGACACUGCAGGCGAGGCGCUCUGCAUAAUGUCUAACAACAGUCUGACAUUAUUAUGACUUGUAAACAGCUUUGAGUAUAUAUUAACUCAUUUGUUGUAUAGGAGAGUUUACAAGUGUAAUCUUGAUGCCUUUAACAACUGUAUUUGCUUCAGACUUACAAAAAAUUGUAUAGCGGGUAUUACCAUAUAUAAUGUAUGAAAGUAUGUCUGAUAAUAUAUUCAGAAAGUUUUUUAUCGAAAGUCUCUGAAGCGAUUUUAUUUACAAAGGCAUUUGCUGAAUAUUUUUUUAAUGCAUGCCGUGGCUCUUGCCAUUUAUAUAUUUAUUUAGUCGUCAGAGAAUUUGUAUAACUUAGCCAGAGACAUGCAGCUCCUGGGUAAUUUACUGCUGCCACAGCUUCCCUCGAGUGUUUGUUGUUGUUACAACAGCCUUCAAUUCUGGCAGAAUUCUCAUUUUUUGUCUUCUCUAAUACAAGUAUCUUUACACCAGACAGUUCUUGGUAGAAACUUACCCUUGGACACACUUCCCCAGUGCCCCUUUGCAAUUCUCCAAACAGGUAGAAAGGAUUACAUAGGCUCCCCCUGAAUACGGAUUGUCACGCUAUGCACACAAACCUUACUGAGUACUAAGCUCAUGAUGAAUUAUUUUUCCAGUGUAAAGCAUAGCCAGCGAGACUAAUAUGUGGUACUAUUAAUGUUUCCCUUUCGAAAUUAAUUUAUAUGGUAUUGACGUGCAUAAUACUGUACAAAUUCCUCAAGUUGUUAAAGGUUCUAAACGAUCCCUUUUCUGUGUCCUGUUCUGUUAAUGCACAGAAGA